GACGUCUACAGGUAGCUUUUGAUCCUUAAGAGCGCACCAGCUUUCACGAGCGACUUAUAAGUUAGUGAGACAAGAAUAACCUAUUCUGAAACCGUGCUGCCUCUCCGAAAGGAUCCGGUUUUUAUCGAGAUACUUAAACAGCUCCUUCCGAAUAAUCUUUUCUAUGAUUUUAACAACCACACUAGUUAGGCUAACGGGGCGGUAGUUCUCAGGUUUGUGUUUCGUACCUGUUUUGAAGACAGGACUUACUAUGGCGUUUUUCCAGUCUUUUGGUAAACGACCCUGCGUAACGGAUAGGUUAAAGCAUGUACUUAAAGGGCUUGCAACGAAGUUAGAUAAUUCCUUCAGUAGCCUAGGAUGUAAUUCAUCGGGCCCCGUGGAUUUACCUAUGUCAACCUUAUUUAGCAGACCACAGACAUCGAGUUCUUUAAUGGUCACGCUAUCCAGUGUAUGUAUGGGGGGAUCUGUAUACGCUGACGGGAAGGGCGCUUCUAUGGUAUACACGUUGCUAAAGUAGUUCGAGAACACUUGAGCCUUACCAAAGUCAUCCUCCACUAAUGAUGAAGCAGCACUGUCUCCCCACAGUACAGGAAUAUUUUCUCUUCUCUUUGUCCUUUGGUUUAUAUAGGAAUACAAGCGUUUAGGACAUUCUAUGGAUUCCUUAACAAGUUUUCCUUCGUACAAUUUUCUAGACUUACGGAGGGUCGAGGCGCAAGUAUUCCGAGCCUUUCGAUACUGAGAUUUUGACUCAUCAGUCCCCGGUAACCUAAAUCUAUCCCACAUUUUCCUUUUCUUACGGAGAAGGAUACGAACCUCCUUACUAAGUCAUGGUGGUGAGUUUUUCGGCCCCUUUGGUAUAGUCCAAGGGAUGUGAGGUGUGGUAACUUCUAAGUAUGAAUUUCGAAAUGCGUCCCAGGCCGUUUCAAUGGAGGACUCUGGGUCUAUUGUCCAAUCUAUUAACGAUGCUGAGUGCAAGAUGUCUGGUAUGUUUGCUUUCCAGACGUUGGGUCUGGACUGGACUGAUGCGUGCUCGUGACUGGCAGUUAUAUGGAAGUCGAAAAUUAAAACUGCGUGAUCACUUUUACCUAGGGGUGGUAUAUGAUGGAGGUUCGCAACAUCAUCCUCAUAGUGAGUCAGUAUAAGAUCUAAUAAGGAUGAUUCAGUGUCCGGAUCGUACCUUGUCGCUUCUUUCACAUGUUGCACUAGAGCACAUGUGAUAACCCCAUCAACUAGUUCCUGCUCGAAAGAAUUCUCCGACGAUUUAGUUCGCAGAUUUUCCCAGUCUACCAUAGGUGCAUUGAAGUCCCCUAGGAUUAGACAUCGACCACUUUGGGACCAAGCAUUGAGACUGUUUAACAGGAUAUCAUUUGCCUCACAGCUUGGACUGCGAUAGACCAAACCAAUCAGCAGCUCUUGUCCCUUGCAUUUCAAGCGGCAACUAACUAAUUCACACGUCCCACUCUCAUGAGAUACACUAUCGAUAAUGGCAAAUGGGAUAGCAUUCCUAAUGAAUAGAGCUACUCCCCCUCCUUCGCGCUUUUGUGUUCUGUCGGCCCUUACUAACGUAAAACCCUCAAAAUCAAGUUCCAUACUAUCUAUAGCCUGUGUCAGCCAGGUUUCUGUUACUGCAAUUAUGUCUGGCUUUGUAGAGUCAAUCUGUACACCUAGUUCUGAUCGCUCAUUAAGUAAGCUUCGUGCAUUGGUGUAACAGAUCCGAAGCCUGUUUAAGUGCCUUCGUGCUUCACCCAGAGUGGCUUCGGCAUCAUUCUCUGUCGAAGCCUCACAACCCGAAAAUUUACAAUUGUCAGGUCCUUUUCGCCAGCGUCUAACCUAAGUUGUAGUUCUUUCUCAGCUUCCCGUCCUUUAACACGGUCUGCCAACGGUAGGUCCUUUCGGAUAAAGACUCCUGAACCCUUUAAUUUGUGUCCAUUCUGUUCAGAAAUGUUAAGGAUACAGUAGGCCAUUAGAAAGUCACCUCUAAGACGCCUGUAAUCUAAUGAGCAAAGUUUAAGCGAUUGGAGGCGCUCCUCAUUAGGCUUGAACUUGAGUCCCCGAACUGAUUUUGUGGCUCGCCGUUGGAUACGCUCCAGAGUGUCCUUAUCGUUUUGGAGUAAGGGAGGAAAUACUACGUUUCCGUACCCUAAAUGGGGACAAAUAAGACUGUCGAAGAUUAUGUAGAAAGUUCUUCCGUCAAACUGGCCAAAAAUGCGCUUCAAUGUUAUCAGUGCAAGGUUUGCUCGAAAGGCAUUUUUGUCACAGUUAGCGUAAGACUUCAAACAGUAGCAUACCAGGACUCCUAAAUCUUUUUUGACUCGAGAUACUUCUAGAGAUGAGUCAUCUAAGUUGCAGCUGUAGUCUGCAACAUGCUGAAGAUGGACUACUUUACACUUUGAAGUGUUGAGGGUAAGUCCGUUAUCAUCUGCCCAAAUUCGAAGUCGAGUCAGAUCCUUUUGAUGUGCCAGUACAUCCUCUUAGUUGCUUAUCUCUCACCAAAGUUUCACGUCAUCGGCAAAAAGUAAUAAGUCUGACGAUACCUGUUGUGGAAGAUCAUUUAUAUAAGUUAAGAAGGAAAGAGGUUCUAGUACGGAGCCCUGGGGGACCCCUCUAGUACAUUACAUAGCCUGAGAGAAUAUGAAAUUGACCGUCACCUUAAAAUGUCUAUUUUUCAGAUAUGAAGUGAGCUUGCUGGGUCGUCGAGUUUUAAUUUUUCUUUCUUUUCUUCUCUGUUCCACUCCCCAUCACGCUACUCUGCAUGCUCCACUUGUAAACAAAUUACCUGACUAGACGCAAACAGCUAAAACAGACAAGCACUUCAGACAUUUAUUUCCAUCCAUUAAAUACAAAUGUGCCCGGUUAAUGGCAUUGUCAAUGAACCAGUAAUGGUAACAGUCAAAGUAUGUGAUGAGGCUAAAGGAGGUAACCUUUCAUUUUACACUAUAAGAUCGGAACUUCGUUGUCCUAAAAUUAAACUGUAUAGUUGAAAAAGAUUUCAGAUGUGAGCUGGACGUUCUUAUGAUUGAGAUGCCGUACUUCAAAGAAUUUUUGAUUAAGGAUGGUCAGUUUAUCAGCGAAGUAGAAAUACUUGUUCACUGUGACCUAAAAAUAUUCGAGUGGCUACUACUUUAUGCUAGAAAACACAUUGAUCCUGAUGCUUAUAAAGAAUGCACUUUGUCAACUUCGAAUGUCCUUGCAUUAUUAGUUUCAUCGAACUUUCUUAAAAUGGAACAUCUGACUUCUGAAUGUUUAGAAUAUUUCUGCAAACAUGCUGGAGAUAUUAUAGCAAGUCCUUUCUCUUUAGAUUGUUUGGGCGAUAGCUUAGUUGAGCGGUAGUAGGAAUAGUAAUUAUUUAAAAUGUAUUCUAGCAUCGCCCUCCGGUUGAAAUUGGAGGAACUGGAUAAGAUCAAGGAUAAGAAAGACAAAAUAAAAAGGUAGUUCUAUUCCCAACUUGGGGCAAAACAUAUCAUUACAGCAAAAUCUUUUUCAAGAAAAUUGAACAUUUGUUUGAUCCUGAGUAUACUUCUUCAUACUGUCCUAACAAUGCAGCGUAUCUAUUUCGAUGUCAAAAAUGUGGUAAAGUACUGACGAGAAGCAUUUCAAUUAUUGUACCUUGUCUUCCAAAUCGCUUUAUAAUUAGUCGACGUGGCGAUAUGAUACCUGUUCAUGACCCUAUGGAACCAAGUGAAAAAGAAUUAAUUUCGACAGAUGAACCAUCUCAUCAAUGUAUUGAGGCUAAUGAUUAUUCGAAACAUUCAUAUACACCUACAUCAUCAAUUACAUUCUCGAAUUUACAUUGUCGAUCGGUAGUCACAUCAAAUAUUAAUGGACAAAUAACCAUGCCAAACUUUUAAUUCAAUGGUUUAUGGAAUCAGGAAAUUGGCGCGAUGUAUUUUGGAAACUAUGGGCUACAAUAAAUCUUCAAUUAUGCAAACGUUGUGGCAAACAAUUUCCUAUAGUUGAAUUAGGAGAUGGUUGUUUCUAUCAUACGAUGACUCCCGUACCUGUUCAAUCAAAUCAUAUAGUUAAUAAUACUGUUUCGAUGAAAAACGAGCUAUCAACUAGUCUUGAUAACUGUCAACUUGAUGAUGAAUAUGAUGAUAUUUCCAGCAAUAAUCGAUUUACAUCUACAUUUAAAAAACCAGAAAAUAUCGAAUUUCAUUGUAUAAAUGCUAAAUCUCAUGAAUUAUUAUCAAAAAAACAUUCACAAUCAAAUAUUACUAAUACUGGCUUAUCAAGGCAUGAUAAACCUGAUUUCAUCUAUCCAUGUUGUGGAUUGGGCUUAUCAAGAUUCAAUUUAUUCUCAACUCAAAAUGGAUGUCACAGAAGUGAACAUAUUUUGAAUGAAGAUAGUUCAGAUCCUGUAACAAAAUUAUGUAUACAACAUCGUGAAAUGAUUAUGUCAUGGGCUACUAAACGAUCAUUCAAUCAAAAUAAUGACAAUAAUUCAUCUGAUUAUGUUAUUAAUGGUGGACAUUCACACAAUCAUAAAAUUGAUUUAAGACAAAUUAUUUGUAAUAAAGAACUUGUUUACAAAGCUCCAGCAUUUACACUUUUAGCCUGUUUGGAUAAACAACCUGAUAAAUAUGAUAAACCAGAAAUGUCAAAUUUGUUUAAAGCAACAAUUAAUAAUCAACCUGUAGAACCAAUAUUUGAUAUCAAAUAUGAAGAUCGACUAGUUCAGAUUAACCAAUCAAAUGAUGUUGAAAAUAUAGUGAAUAGUUUAACACCAAUAAUUAAUUCGAAUGGAUUAUUAUCGUCAACACUAGAUGAACGUGUAUGGGACACGGGAAAAUGUAAUCGAAUUAAUCAAGAUAAUCAACGUCAAGAAGAUUUACGUCGAAUGCAAAAACUCACUGAAUUCUUAUGUGCACAACGUCAAAAAACAACCACGUGUUCAGAGAUACCAACUUCUAAAGAAUGUCAGGCUGGGAUUUACACACGUUUAGAUUUACAGUGGCGUUCACAAUCCAGCUUAACAACAUCGAAAUCAGCAGUUAACCCGAUUAUUCGAAAAUCUAAAUCUCAGAUCUCUUCACUCCCAUUUCGUUAACCGACUGUAUACAUAUAUGAAGCCAAUGAAUCAAUGUGAAGUUCGCUAUUAUUAUUAUUAUUAUUAGAACUGUUUGUUUUAAUGUGUGUAUAAUAAUAAUCGCUUGUAAAAUAAAACCAACCUAUUUGUUGAGAAAAGUAGUGUAUAUUAAAUUGUGUCAAUGAAUUGUUUAUUAACAGUAAUGUUUAUUGUACAAAGUAUUUUAUUGUGUAAUAUUGUUCUUGCAUUCCCAAACGACUUGCUUUCUAUUCCCGUUCUUUCCUUCUUGAUCUUCCCAAUCUUCCACUACCGGACACCACAUUCCUGACUCGCGUUAUAUACUACUUAUGUCAAUAUAAGUAGCACGCACCAAUAUUAGUGAAAUUAAGUGAAAACUAAAAAAAUUAUUGAAAAGAAAACAAAUAAUAAUGAUCAUUGAUAAGUGUGAUGUGUAAGCGAGGACGAUAAUGAUUGGUUGUUUGCUUAGUCAAACAUGCAGAUAGUAUGAUAGGUAUUAUAUGAGUUAUAUAUUCCCCUAUCCUUAUUAUUAUUGAUUGUUCAUUGUUUUUGGAUUGUGUCGGAUUUUGGUGUGGAAAUAUAUAUACAUUCUAGUCAGGCUAAUCACGUGUUUUUGAUCUGAGCUUUGUUGAAGUCCUCUAGAAUAGAUACGAGGAAGGAAUCUAGUGUAGAUAUUCGUUUAAGGUAAAUUAACUUCCCAUACGUGUAAAUAUGGAAAACUAACCGUUAUAACAAUAACUAAUGUGUGAGUAUACACUAUUGGAACUGAUUUUACAUAACAUCAUCUAAAAUAUUCUUUGAAAGCUUUUGAUUGUUUCACAGAUAUUAGAAAAACUGUCAAGUUUCUCAUGUCAUAACUUAGCA